UGCGGAACCUGGAACAGAGAGCGAAAGCAGUGAGGUUUCCGGCUCCGAAGACGAAGACAAGCUGCCAGAGCUUGGAUACGUGCUGAAACGCAUGGCCGAUGACGUCAACUCCCUUUACCAGCUGUCGCUCCUUGUGAACAGACCGGGCUUUAAUCGACGAUACAUCCACUCCACUGGGAAUCACGACCAUGACCCAAGAGUUGCUCACUAUGCAUUCUUUGACUUACGCCACGUGGAACAGAAGCUUCUUCAAUGGAAGAAGGCUGACACGAAGAUCGCAAACGAAGAGGAGCUUCGAGCACCAGUCAGUGAGUCAGCUUCGGAUCCGACUUUCGCAACUGGGAGCUGUGGGUACUUCCUCACGGAGAGACUGGCAGUUGCCAACACCAAAAGGCGCGAACAGCUCAUGUAUUGGUCUCGCCAUCCUGAUAUACCCCCGCCCGCUCCCGAUCUUGCGGUAGCAGACCUCAAAUCGGCAGCACCGGCUGGAGAAACCCCGGUCGUGGUGACUGUUGCGCCGCAGCGAGACCCUCAAGCGAUUCCAGAAGACACCAAAAGUAUUGUUGCGAAAACCGUCAUGACGAAGCAGACCUUCUCAACCGUUGCAAGAACAGAUGUCUUGGAUGCUCAGACCGAAUCCGGACCGCAACGCACUAUCUACGCGGAAACUACCGUCGGGAACAUGCAUUCUAAUCGUGUCCCUACCUUGCCGAAAGCAGCAGAAUUGAAUCCAACAUUUGAGUGUCCGUACUGUCGCAUCAAGAUCCGGUCUAGUGCCGUAAAAAGCCGCCAAAGCUGGAAGUGAGUGUCUUUCCUCUCGUCUUGCAGUCUUUGGUCGUCCGCUCUAGUUCUACGGGAUGCUGAUGACUAAUAGGCGACACGUUUUCCGAGAUUUGCGGCCAUACGUGUGCACGUUUGAAAAUUGCGACAGCCCGGACAAGCAGUAUCUGACCCGUGGGGACUGGAUCUAUCACGAAAGGCAGAU